AACACUCCAAAACGACGGCAAACAAAUCCAUUCAGAAAUCCCUACAGAAAGGAAACAAAAAAAUUACAGCAAAAUAAAAUGUCUUGUGUCACAUCUCGUAAAUUUAUCAAAGGUCGUGUUGUCACUGGUCUAUAGCUAUAGCUACAGUAGAAUAUGGCCUCUCAUCUUAAAUGGAGGACUUGACGCUGUAUUUCAGUUGUAGCCUAUCUGUGUCUUUCCAAUUGGUAACGUCGGUCGCUACAAUUGGUUCAGCGUUGUGGGCUUAACCAUUUAAUUUCUAAACAAUGCGCUGUCGAUCAUCGAUCUCUAUUUAUCAAUCUCUGGUUAGCUCCAACAAAAAGUGGAGAAGAAUCUACCUCUUCAAACCGCACUCGAAUAUCUUUUAACUUUUUCUGUCUCUAUCCCUCCAUCUCCGUUUCCGUUCCUUUGAUCCAACCCCUGGCAUGACGUGCCUGUGGUCAGUUUCACAGUCUGCUUCUCCCAGCAUGCUUUGCUUUGUCCAGGGUUUAUAGCCGUCUAGGUCUGUCUCAGGGCUGUUUUAUUAGUUGGUUUUGUUGGUCAGCAGGAGAGCUUGGUGCCUCUGCUAUGUUGGGGAUGUCACCCUUUGACUAAUUGGACACACACACACACACAGAAACCUGCACACACAUGUCAUGUACACACACACACACACACACACACACACACACACACACACGUAUAAACAGUCUGUUUUCCCCCCAGUGAGGCCCCAGUCGGUAAGGAGUCAGGAUGGGUAUUUGGGGUGCGAGGAUAAGGGGAGUUGUUCUCUGUCUGUGCUUGUGUCUGCUCUGUGGACAGACAUCUUCUCACACUGCUGGUGAGUACUCUACACCAUCCAUACAUGAUCACAGGCGCAUCACUCACACACACAGUCUCUGGGACUCAGACCACACACUCUGAACCUGACUACAGACAACAAUGCAUGUUGAAUGAUUCCAAGUUCAGGGCUUAUUUGUGCUUGGCAGUACAAUGUAACAGUGAGGAUUCAACGUUUCUGAAUGAAUCCGGUUGGAUGUUAGUAGUUUCGGACCAAACGUUGAGUCUCUGCCCUUCAGAUGCGAAGUGUGGGGCUCCCCGGGUGAGGAGCUUGCUAGACCGGUCAUUGAGGGUGGUGGGAGGAACUGAGGCCAGACCCGGCUCGCACCCAUGGCUGGUCAGUCAGCUUGUUACAUUGCAUUUCUAGAACAUUUUGUUCAUUUAGCAACAGUGCUUUUGUCCAAAGCGAUGUACAAAUAGUGCAUAUAGAAAGUACAGUAUCUCCACGAUCAGAAGUGCAUAGUGUGUUGUUCUGUCUCACAUCAUUAUCUUAUCACCAGCAUACAUAUCAGGAUAGUAGAAAUAAUGGUUAUAUCCACUAAACAAUAUUUAAACAACUAUUUCAAGUGUCCUGUGGUGAAUACAGUGUAAGUGUGGCAGAGGUGGUUGGGUGAGCAGACUUCAUAGGUUCUUCAUGUUGACGUUCAGGUGUCUCUGAGGUCCAGAGGGGCUCAUUUCUGCGGAGGGGCUAUCCUCAGUGACCGCUGGAUCCUGACAGCUGCCCACUGUGUGGCCAGCAUCUCUGAGUAGGUACUGUCCACCGCACACAGACACCAGCCCUCAGACCAGCGGGAUUGUACUGUUCUGAGUAGAACUGAGUAGUUUGACAAGAUGGCCCUUGAACAAGAAAACACAGUGGUCCUCUUGUCAUUGGACACAUUUGUGUUUCAAGAUGUUCCAAGACGUUUAAAAAAAAUAAUGUUUCAAUAUGUUACAAGAAGUUUCAAGGUGUUCUCUCAUGUUUGGUGUCCUGUGAGUUCUGGAGUAUUGUCCCCCACAGUGAGUUCCUGGGGGAAGUGAGCGUUGUCAUCGGAGAACAUGACCGCAGGGUUCUUGAUGCUGAGGAACAGGCCUUCACCGUGAGGAACAUCAGAGUCCAUGACAAGUACCGCUACUACUGGCCAAUGAGCUAUGACGUUGCCCUAUUAGAGCUCAACACACGAAUCCAAUUGGGUAACGCUCUCUCACUAUUGAUGUUGUGUAGUCUCAAAACGACAUGUCUGGAUGUGAAGCCUACUUUAGCACUUUUUGUAUUUUAGAUAUUGCUCCAUACCUGGCCAGGCUACGGUGCAGCAGUAAAGCAGGGUUGUGUUGUGUGUAGGUAGUCGGGUCCAGCCCGUCUGCCUGCCUGUCCCCAGUGAGGCCUUCCCCCCCAGGUCCAACUGUGUCAUCGCAGGAUGGGGUCGCAUCACGGAACGUGAGUCCCACAGACCUGGGUUCAAGUCCCACCAAGGCUGUGAUACAUCUAAAAUGCACACGUUCUGAGAACUGGCCCGAUUCUGGUCGCAAAACAAGACCAGAAUGACUGUUUAUCUGUGUGCCUUUGAAGUUGCUGGGUUCCAGACAUAUGAGGACUGGUCUGACCUUCCAGUUGAUUGAGUGCCUGUCUUCACCCGAACAGGUGGCCGACUGCCUGCUGUUCUGAGGGAGGUACAGCUGGAGCUGUUGGAGAAGGCCAGGUGUAGCUAUGUGCUCCAGACCCUCCGCCGCCCCCAGCCCAGCUACACCGUGCUCUGUGCUGGCUACGAGAGCGGGGGCAGGGACGCCUGCCAGGUGGAAGAUACCGUCUGCUCUCCUAGAUAAACUAGAAUACUCUACAGUCUAGAAUAAAUGAGUGUACUCUAGAUUAAAUAAACUAGCCUACUCUACAGUCUACAUUAGAUAACCUAGGCUACACUACAGUCUAGAUCAUCUAGUUUACUCUACAGUCUUGAUACAUAUUGUUGACAUUUCUGUCUUGUGAAGUGUUCUGUAUUCUGUAAUACUGUGUAUUCAGUUUCCGUGUGCAUGGGUGUGUGUCUGGUGCGUGCGUGUGUAUGUGUGGGGGUAUGUGUGUAUGAUCCAGGGGGACUCAGGGAGUCCUCUUGUGUGUCCAUGGGGGGGUGGCCACUGGGUGCUGGCUGGAGUAACAUCCUGGGGGAAGGGCUGUGGAAGGAGCUGGAGCAACAACGAGGGAAGGAGCCCGUCCAGGAGAGGCUCCCCGGGGGUCUUCACUGACGUCAGCCUGCUCCUGCCCUGGAUCAAGACCACCAUCAGGGGCCUGGAAGCUCCCAUGAGGACACAUAGCCUGUGCAGUGUCAAAGAUGGGCACGUUUCUGGCCAGGAAGGACUGAUCAGAAACCCUUCCUUCCUAGGUCGUCACUAUGAAAACAAUGAGCUGUGCUCCUGGUCUGUCCUGGUCCCUCCAGCCCAGUGGAUCCUGCUGGAGUUCCUGGAGAUGGACCUGGAGAACGACUCUCUCUGCUACUCCGAUCAGCUGGUAGUCUCUCUAACCAAGGACAAGCCUGUGGCGAGGUUCUGUGGCAGUACCCUCCCUGGACCCGUGCUGCUCCACUCCCAUGGUGCAUCUGUGCUCUUCGCCUCUGAUGUCACAGUGACAGGAAGAGGAUUUGCCCUCAGGUUCAGUGCUGUGGACGGAGAUUCUCUGUCGGAGACAGUGUGUGGCACAGUGGUGCUCCAGCAGGCUCAGAAGGCAGUACACAGUCCCAACUACCCAGAAUCCUACAGCAACAACUCUGUCUGCCGCUGGGUCAUCUACGCUCCCGAGGGCCACGUCAUCAAGCUGGACUUUCAGGACUUUGACUUGGAGCAGUCCCAUCACUGCGAGUACGACCACCUGACCGUGUUUGGAGAUGUGCACAACAGAGAGGAUAUAGCUGUGCUGUGUGGGCCGGGCAUCCCUCCCUCCAUCCUGACCUACGACAGCGUGAUGGUGCUGCAGUUCAGCUCUGAUGGCUCGGUCACGCGCAGGGGCUUCAACGCCACGCUUUCCUUCAUCAGCCACACCGACCUGCAGCAGCAGGAGUACAGCCAUCUGGAGGGGAGGAUGGACAACCAGGAUGAAGAUGAAGAGGAUGAGGAGGAUGGUGUCAGUCUUCGUUAUGCUUUGCCUGCUCUAGGGGCUUCUCCAGGGGAGGGGGGUCCUCUACGACAGUCUCUACCCUGGAAUGUGCACCUUAGCCUGGGCACUGAGCACGUCUGCUCUGGGGCCAUCCUCCAGCCCUCCAGGGUCCUCACUUCAGCACACUGCCUCAUUGGCCUGGAGGAGAGAUCCCUGUGGUUGCUGUCUGUGGGGAAAGGAGAGCCCGGUCAACAGAGGCAUGCCGUGAGCAGGGUGCUCCUCCACCCCCACUACGACCCCGUCACGCAGGACAACGAUGUGGCUCUGUUGGAACUAGCCACGCCCCUUCUCCUCAAUGAGCACGCUCAGCCCGUCUGGCUUCCUGGCUCAGGACAGGAAGUCCCGCCCACCCAGGGGUGCACGGUGUCAGAGUGGGAGGAGCGGACAGGUCAUCUAUAUUACCCAGCAGCCCCUAUCCACAGCUGACAUAUCCAUGUGUCCAUAUGUUAUAUAUGUUGUGGUUGUGUGUGAAAUGUUGUAACUCAUGUCAUAUAUGUUAUAGUAGUGUGUCAUGUAUGUCGUAAAUACAUGUCAUGUAUGUUGUGGUAGCUUGGUUCAGUAUGUGGUGUUUGCAGUUGUGAUUACACCUGCCAUGUUAGACUUGAACAUGUAGUUCAUGUUUGACGUGUCAUGUAUGUUGUGAUGGUGUGUGUCAGCAGGGGGGGUGUGGAACAACACAGUAGGACAGCAGACGGUUUGUCUAGUUAGCCUCGCUGACUGUGAGAGCUGCUACCCUGGAAGACUCAGCC